GCAGAAUUUUCAAACAGUGUCCGACGCGCGCAAUAAAAACAACCACGACGCCGCGAUACAUCAGAUAUUGUGAUUGAGUUUCGUUUUUAUUCGGCAAGUUCUUAAUCAUGAAGACCUUCGUAAUCGUCACGGCUUUGUUUCUCGGCCUCGCCCUGGCGGAGGAAGACAAACGAGGUCCACUCGGUGUUGUCUUAAACGCAUAUGGUGAUGCUUGCGCUGAAGAGCUCAAAACUUCGGAAGAAUCUCUCAGUCUCAUCAAAAAGCUCGAGGGCGCAGAAAAGGAAGACGUUCAAUGUUACUGGGCUUGUGUAUUUCAGAAAGCUAAUUUGAUGAAAGAUGCCAAGAUACAGUUUGAGGCCAUGGAAGAAGCAAUGAAAAAGGUUGAAGGGGCAGAUCACAAAAUGGCCGAAAAAGUUAUUGAAAUAUUCAAAAGCUGCAAAGACGAAGCCGAGGUCAACGACAACCCCUGCAACGUAAUAGGCAAUUACGGAAAGUGCGUGUUGCCCAAAUUGCAUGCAGAACGAUAAACUUUUACGUGUGAAUUGCGGUGGUCUGGAGGUCAGAGAUCAGAAACUGGCAAUUUUACAACUUUAGUUUUUAUAACCACCACGUCUACCACCAUCACUAAAAGGCAAUUACAGCACAUUGAAUAUUGUAAAAAAAUAAUUUUCGUUUUCAUUAUAACAUCCAGAAAGCACUGGAAAAAAAAGUUUUCUACCGUAAAAGUUACUUUCCCUUGGACUAUUUUCGCCAUAAAAUCUUCGAAUUUUGAGUGCUUUAAUGCACGGAAUAAAGGAAUCUUUGACAAUGUAA